GGGAUUGACAGCUUAUUUGGGACAAAGGAAAUGUCUGCUGCAGAUUCCAACUGUCAGGGUGCUGUUGCUGCUGAGGGCUCAUCAAUUGGACUUGUAAACACAAUGCAGCCAGCAUGCAGCAAUGCAGCAUCUGCUGAUUCCAUGGUUAGUACAAAAACUAAACCCAUAAUUUGUUUCACGGGAAAGCAAGCACCCUCAAGCCUCUCUUUUUCUGGUCUUACUGGUAAGAGUAAUGCUGGUGAUUAUCAAGAUUGUGAUGCUUCUUCAAUGCUUCUCAUGGGGGAGCCUCCAUGGUGUCCUCCCUGUCCUGAUACUUCCUUUACAUCAGCAAGCCGUAGUGAAGCAGUCAUGCGUUACAAGGAAAAGAAGAAGACCCGCGAGCUUUGGGAUGCAGAUUUUUCCAGCUUUUUCUUUCUGCAUUUCCUUCUUAGUUGUAUACUAUAG